GUGAGUAUAGUAUAAUAUAGAGGACAUAUGAGGAGAGACAAACUGAAAAGCUACUUCAGUCACAAGAAUGGGUCACCAGCUAAAUAUGUGGAACACAAGGAGAAUAUCGAUGAUUCUGAAGGUUCUUUACCUUUUUUGUCUGCUAUUAGUCGAAGGAAUCAACCUUACACCCUGCGAUAGUGAUGGUGUUCAGGAACUGCUGGCUGACCAAGAAACUAAUUUCAUCUGCACGGCAGAGGGGCCAGUAGAAUGGAGACUUCAGUUAAAUAAAACCACAAGCGACUAUUUUCUAGCAGUAUGCGACCAGGGGUGUGUUCAGUUAGAUACAGUGAACGAGCUUUUCAUCCUAAGAACGAUAGAUGCCCACAGUUCAGAAAUGAUCGUCAAACCUGCGAGCAACUCAUUGAUAUACAACAACAUCCUGUAUUUGAACGGCAGUCUGGGGUGUAGUCUGAGAGAUGUUGACAACAUGUCAGCUUGGUGUGGACUCAACUAUGUGGAUCCGGCAAAGAACGUUUCAUGCACAUCGUCUGCUGCGUCCUGGUCGGUUCAUGUGACAUGUACUGUCGGCAGUGUCUUCUCCUCUCGAAAAAGUUACUUUUGUCAGCUAAUCCGCGAGACAAAUAUGUCAAAUAAUGAAACCCUGCAAAUGGUCACCAUGCUGACAAGUGAGAAGAUCACUAAGAGUGAAGUGAAGGUGUCAGGUUCCUGUAAGCUCAACACAACUCUCCUAGCACAUGAAGGACUCUAUGGUUUUUAUGUUUCUGUCUCACCUGGAGGACAACACUUUUCUGCCAGUGAUAAGCGAUUUGCAGUUGAACGUCCCAGGUCACCAACCGUGUCUUGUAGUCCACAGCCCUGUGUGUUGGAGAACACUGACGUGGUCUGUACCUGUAGGACCACUAGUCUGGGACAACCUGCUGGGUACCUGGUAUGGAUAGUAGGUAACAAGACAAACCGGGAGAGGUAUGUUAAAGAAGAUGGACAGGCGGUUACUUCAAAAGAACUUAGUUAUACCAAGACCCUGGUUUUGUCGGAUCAUGGUAGAACAUGGUUCAUAUGUGACCUCAUAUGGGGAACCGACACUGUUUAUGGAGGGAUCUACACUGCUUGUGUGAGAAAGGCCAAUACAACACUGCGCUUUUCUGUAAACGAUCGUGAAGGAAACACGACAGUCAAGGAGGGUGAACAGGUGCACUUGAGGUGUGAAUCCUACGGCCGACCAACACCAAACAUCUCUAUCUAUAAUAACCACAACGACAUGGAUAUUAUUAAAGGAUCAUCUCCUCUCAACUACACGUUCACUGCUCUCUGUGAAGACACAUCCCUGUACACGUGCUCUGAUUACAGUGAAUUUUCCCAUCACAAGAAUGCAUCCCUUAAUAUUGACCUCGGUGUUAUGUGUAAACCUCGAAGUAUAUCAUCCUCAAUUCUCAAUAACAUCAAGGUUACAGGCAAAAGACAGGUGCUGACUUUUGAUGUCAUCGCCUUCCCGGCACCUGAUGUGUCUGCAAUGUUGUGCUUAGAAAAUACAAUCAUCAACAGUGAACCUUUUUGUGCCGAUAGUUCAGAGGUCAUUGCUUCGUGCAGCUCUGACAGAAACCAUCGUUACCUCUCCAAGUGCACUCUGUCUAUCUUCAGGAAUGUCUCCCUGUCAUGGACCGGUUUUUAUAAAGUGAUGGUCACCAAUGUACUUGGAGAAGAAAGCUUUACAGUUGAAUUCAGCGACAGUGAAGGUGAAGAAAACAAAGUUUUAACGGAAAGAGAUUUCCCUUUGUGGGGCUUUGUCGCUGGCGGCGUUGUUUUCACCAUAACAGUGGCUGUACUUAUUAUUGUUAUCAGAAAAAAAUUGAAAGGUAAAGCUUACAUAAAUUUCCUUCAGAUAAGUUGAUGUCGAAACAUAGAAGAUGAAUAGAGAAUACUAAUUAAAUCUCUUUCUAGCCUCAUCUUACAUCUCGUAGCAAGAAUAAGUUUAAUUCACCUCCUACCCCAAUUUUUU